AAGAAACACAACUCCUUUUCCUCAUUGUAGUUCUCUCGCUGCAUCUCACUUGAUCUCUCUCUCUCUUUUUCCGUCUCACGAUCGUCUGCAAUCUGAUAGAAAAGAUUUUUUUAAAAACCGACCAUGAAGCUUGACACCAGCGGUUUAGAAUCGGCUGCGCCUGUCUGGGCUGCUUCUAAUGAGCUUGCUGAUGGGUUCUCGGCUGCUCCGUCAUUCGAGCUCCCAAAUACUACUGAUUUUGAUGGGUUUCAGAAGGAAGCUAUUCAGAUGGUGAAACCUGCUAAGGGCACCACCACGCUUGCCUUCAUCUUUAAGGAAGGCGUCAUGGUUGCUGCUGAUUCUAGAGCUAGCAUGGGAGGCUAUAUCUCAUCACAGUCAGUGAAGAAAAUUAUUGAAAUCAACCCUUACAUGCUUGGCACAAUGGCUGGUGGAGCUGCUGACUGCCAGUUUUGGCACAGAAAUUUAGGCAUUAAGUGCCGGCUACAUGAAUUGGCAAACAAGCGUAGAAUUUCUGUUACAGGGGCAUCAAAAUUGUUGGCAAACAUUCUCUAUUCUUAUCGAGGAAUGGGACUGUCAGUUGGAACCAUGAUUGCUGGAUGGGAUGAAACGGGUCCUGGACUAUACUAUGUGGACAGUGAAGGGGGGAGGUUAAAGGGCAUGCGUUUCUCUGUUGGAUCUGGUUCACCAUAUGCCUAUGGUGUGCUGGAUAAUGGGUACCGGUAUGAUAUGCCAGUUGAAGAAGCUGCAGAGUUGGCAAGAAGAGCUAUUUAUCAUGCCACAUUCCGAGAUGGUGCCAGUGGUGGUGUUGCCAGCGUUUACCACGUGGGACCAAAUGGCUGGAAGAAGCUAUCUGGUGAUGAUGUUGGAGAGCUUCACUACAAAUACUAUCCGGUGAUGCCAAGCACGGUAGAGCAGGAAAUGGUUGAAGUAGCUGGGGCCUAAGUGGCUUGUACUCAGCCUGGACUCAGUUGAAGGUGUUUGCAUUCGAUGACUGCUCAAUGGGAUAGUUUCCUAUAUGUACUUGAAAUUUAGCCUUUAGAUAAUUCACUGAUGGACCUGGGUGCAAGUUCUUGUUAUAAGGAUCCUUCUUAUUGCGGUUGCCCCAUCAUGUCAAAAUCAGAUAUCUUGAUCAUUUGGUCAUUGUUGUUGAAAAAUUUAAAUGAAUCUCUACUUUUAGCUGCCCCAA